ACAUAUAUUUAACUUAAAUGACAUUAAAUGUUCAGCCAGCCCAAGACAAGAACGUUUAUUAAUUCAGACAAAACAGGCCCAUACUCCACCAAAGUGCAUAAACUGGUCUGUGAUACAGCACUAAGGCUCAUGGAUUUUAUGUUGUUCUUCAUCUAGUAUAUAUCAGUGUUAUAUUUUAAUACUAUGUGAGAAACAGUGUGGUCCUAUUUACCCGUAUUAUUGGCACCGUUCCUGUGCAAGCGUUCAAGGACUUUCCCGAGCGAACCCUCUGUAAAAUGAGCGCUUGCUCCGUCAAAACACAGUGACACAGCAAGCUGUCCCUGCAUUACCUCUGAACCCAAGAGUGUACCUGACUCGAGAGGAAAGCGCGGUCUGUAACUGUACUUAUAAAGGGAGUGUAGGUUGUUAUGAAGCGGCCAGGGUUCUGUAGCAACCGCCGCCUCGGCUCGGACUGAUCAUCAUUGGAAACAGAAAGCAAACAUCAUAUCGUGGAUUCUCAAGGUGGAAAGAAAACAACCGAGGCGGGUGAGAUAAAUUCCACCGCACGGUCGGGUUUAUGGAUAAUACACUACUAAAUGAUUGACUUUAGUAUACGGUGGGACUGAAUAAAGCAUAUAAAACUGAUUGCCUCAACAGCUGACGGCCAAAAAAACCUGUUAAUUUCCACUCUGACAAAAGUUGGGUUGCUUUUUUUUCUUUGACGUUUGAGGGACGCUUACGCGUCUCUGAUAAUUCUCCGACGGCCAUUUGAUUAUUUUUGCUCACACAGACGUACGCCUUGCAGCUCCUUCACGUCUGUCUGACUGAAACUUUUUCAAGGGAACACUUUUGCCUGGAAGGGGAUUUUGUCGAUUUACUUGUUGCGGUGUUUCUCCUUUAAACCCUUACGGCCUGUGUAUACUGGAUUGUCUGUUUCAUGACUAUGGAGGUUCCGAUCGGGUUAGGGGAGGUUUACGAAUCCCCAGAUGCAGCUUUUCACGGUCCUUACCAAAGUGUUUUUCAAAGCGUACGCGUUGUGCGAGCGAACAACACCUCAGUCUCGGAGAGUUUGGACAUUUCGAGCACAAAAAAGUACGGCAGCUUGCACGAUAAAGCAGCGAGGGAAAUGCGUUUGAGCAAGCUGUCUCCCAGCAAAGCAAAAUGCUGCCCCGAGAAAGAGUGCGAGAGUGCGAGUUCACUGAUGGCGACAGAGGCGAGCCGUUUCCAUUUUCUCAAGAGUUCAACAGGAAGCAAAAGCGCCCUGUCCCUGUCAUGUGGCGGCCGUGCAGACAUGGGGUUGCAUCGGGGCGCCGAAUCAGGAUGGAAAUGCAGCGGUGCCGCUGAAGUUCUGUCACGCGAGUUGGGUUUGAGUCGUGACGCAAGUGUGGCGAGUAGUCGCGCGUGUAGCAGCACCAUUUCUGAGACAGCACGAGAGCUGUGCAAAGCCGUGUCAGUGUCUUUGGGGUUGGCCAUGGAGUCCAGCGAACUGGGCGAGGUGGGACAGCACCAUGCGCCGCCACCGUCCCUGACCACCGAAAGUAGUAAUGAAGAAUGCUAUUUGUUUGGAAUGCCUUUGCUAGACUGUUCAGUGAGUAAACUGGAGACAGGAGGAAUGGACAGGGAGUAUGCACUCGCGGCGGGACGAGACAGAGGUGGCGAGCUGCAGGGCAGGGAUAAACUGUUCGGGAUGUUUAAAAGUACCAACCUGGAGCAUCUACCAGGUGAGGUGAUGACCUUGCAUUGCAGCAACCCGUCUCAUACGCACUUGCGCGCGGAUAUGCAGGAGGCGCCUGAGUUCGCCAGCCUGUCCGGGGACAUUGCCAACAUGAGUUCGGAAGGUUUAUCAGCAGCUCCAGAUAUGGACGCAUCACGGGCGUCUUCAUGCCAGUUCGAACAACUUUUGCCCGCGCACACGACCCACUUCGUCCACCAGGUACCUUUGCCUUCAGAGCUAGAUAACGGGCCGAGACAAAGCUUUGUGAAGCACGCAGCGAUGUCCGGUGAGGAGAGAUACUCCGAUUACCUGAACAUGUACAACGUAAAAAUAAAGGCUGAGAUGAUGCCCCGUGAACUGAACGAGACCAGGACGUACCAGCAUAGGUACAACGAGGACAGUAACGGAUACUACGGGCCUCCCAAGCAGAGAAGUCCUUACACUACUGGACACGAAACACCAUUUAUCUGUAACCCCUACGAGCACGCGCGCGGGGGGUCUCUGGGACCGCGGGAACGACCUCCGCCCGAACAGUGGUACCCGGUCGGGAUGUUGACCCGCCCGCCAUACCCUAACGUGCCCUGCGUGAAAAACGAAAUGGGCGAAUGGCUGGAUGUUACAUCAUUAACGGACGGCAGGUUUGAUGGAGGGAGGAGUGACAUUUUCCCAGUGGAGUUUUUCCUUCCACCACAAAGGACAUGCCUAAUCUGCUCUGAUGAAGCAUCUGGAUGUCACUAUGGAGCACUCACUUGUGGAAGCUGCAAAGUCUUCUUUAAGAGAGCUGCUGAGGGGAAGCAGAAGUAUCUCUGCGCUAGCAGGAAUGACUGCACCAUUGAUAAACUGAGGAGGAAGAACUGUCCAUCCUGUCGUUUGAAGAAGUGCUUUGAGGCAGGAAUGACACUGGGAGCCCGUAAGCUGAGGAAGAUCGGACAGAUGAAAGGUUCAGAGGAGGUUGGUGCCAUUCAGGGCCCAGUGGAGACAAUUCAGCACCUUUCCCCCAAGCCGAGCCUGACGUUCCACUCUCAACUGAUCUUCCUCAACAUCCUAGAGGCCAUCGAGCCUGAGGUGGUGAACGCCGGCCACGAUCACGCUCAGCCGGACUCUGCGGCUGCCCUCCUCACCAGCCUUAAUGAACUGGGAGAGAGGCAACUCGUCAAAGUAGUGAAAUGGGCCAAAGGACUUCCAGGUUUCCGAAAUCUGCAUGUGGACGAUCAGAUGACAGUGAUCCAGCACACCUGGAUGGGAGUGAUGGUCUUUGCUCUGGGCUGGAGGUCCUAUAAGAAUGCCAAUGCACGGAUGCUGUACUUCGCUCCAGACCUGGUCUUCAAUGAUCAUAGGAUGCAUAUCUCCAGCAUGUACGAACACUGCGUUCAGAUGAAGCACCUCUCGCAGGAGUUUGUUCUGCUGCAGGUCACACAGGAAGAGUUCCUCUGCAUGAAGGCGCUCCUGCUUUUCAGCAUCAUUCCAGUGGAGGGGCUGAAGAGUCAAAAGUAUUUUGAUGAGCUGCGUCUUACCUACAUAAACGAGCUUGAUCGUUUAAUCAACUAUGGCAGAAAGACCAACUGCGGCGUGCGCUUCCAUCAGCUGACCCGACUGAUGGACUCACUGCAGCCAAUUGUUCAGAAGUUGCACCAGUUCACCUUUGACCUCUUUGUCCAGGCUCGGUCCCUGCCCACCAAGGUCAACUUUCCCGAAAUGAUUGCUGAAAUAAUAUCGGUCCAGGUUCCAAAGAUCCUCGCUGGCCUGGCUAAACCAAUACUGUUUCACAAGUGAUACAACUAA